UGUUUUUUAGUAGAAUUGUUUAAGAUACCACUAGAAAAAGCCGGUCUUGUUCCACUGGCUGUUGUGCCGCCCAAGUCGGAAAAUCGCCGUCGACAAGCAUUGGUAGAUGACAUGACAGCAGAAGAUUGUCUCAGAGCAGCUGAUCCAGCAGCACGCUCUAGGCUCUCGGCUCGAUUACCCAACGCUAAGUUGGCUUUUCUGGAUAAUAAGGAUGGAGCUACUGUGUUGAAUGUCAUUGGCGAAACCGAAAAGAAGGGAAUCAAACUCGGCGACAUAGUCGGGCCUUUGGAAGAGGGAACCCCAGGAAUGCUCAGUUUAGGGGAUCACAGCUUAAGUCGCUGUGAACCUCAAUCUGACCUGUCACGUGCUUACUUAUUCAGGCUCUCCGGUCAGUCCAUGAUUACAUAUCUGAACUAUGGACCAUUUGCUUCAUUUGCUCCACAAUACGAUUCCACGUGGGCAACGCUUACUAAGAGAGAUUCAGAUCUU